AGUCCUCCAAGAUUUUAGUUCAAAUUAUAAUAUGUGAGCGAGCCUGCUUCCAUUUCAGUUCAAACUAUAAUUUAUAGCUGGAGCUAGAGACUAACAGUUUUAUGGGUCUUUUAGGGUGGAGUGGAGCUAUGGAGCAGAAAAACCCAGCUCCACCCUCGUAGUUCAUUUUCUAGGAGUAGCUCUGCCAACUCCACUCCAAAAAAAAUGGAUUUGGACCGUUUGGCACAGCUUCGGCUCUAGGUAAGUUGAAGUUGGGAGCUAGAAACAGAUCUUUAGCUUUACAUAAAAAGGGAGUAGAACCUCUUGGAUUACAUAAAAAGAGAGUAGAACCUCUUGGAAACAGAUACUAUAUAUACAUUACUACAUAUAAUUGUUUCUGGGAAGUAGCUGGUUGUUAGUCACGUUAAUCUAGAAACACUGGUUUUUCUGCUUCUAAUUUCAGUUUAUUUUAUUUUUUUAAUUCUACAACUACAUAUUCAAAUAUUCUGAGAAUAAAUGUAAUAUUCAGAAACUCCACCACCGCUACCUGAGAAUGGAAGCUUGUCCGGUGAAUGGCGCUACCGCAGUCCGCACUGGCCCAGCCAGCGCGCCAAACACAGAUUCACAUAAACCAAAGGCGCCAAACACGAUCGAACCGAGCACUCAAAAAGCACUAAAAAAAUUUGGUGAAAAGGAACGACGAGCCGGCGACGAGAGCUCCAGAACCCUAGCCAUGGCGGGAGAGGCAGGGGGAGACCCCCGAGCGUGGCUUGCCGUCGACGAGACGGCGGCGGCCUUCCUCUCCCGCUCCCUCUCGGCGCGGCCCCCCAUCCUCCUCCCGCCGCCGCUCCACCGCGCUCCGCUCCGCCCGGGCAACGUCGUCGAGAUCGCUGGCCCGUCCAACUCCGGCAAGUCCCAGCUGCUUCUCACGGCUGCAGUACAAUGCAUAUUACCGAAGGAGUGGAAGGGUACCUAUUUUGGGGGCCUGGGUAAAGUGGUCAUGUACUUGGAUCUGGACUGCCGAUUUGAUGUGCUGCGGCUGGCUCAAAUUCUGAGAAAUCGCAUUGGAGAGUGCUGUGAAUAUACAUUCCCAAUCACCAGCAAAGAGCGAAGUUCUUGGUGUUGGCAUAUAUUUCCUUAUGAUAGACAGGAGAACUCUAUCACUGCAGAGUAUGACAGAAACAGUUGUCCAAAAAUUACGCAAUUUUUUGCAACUUCAACCUGUUUUGGUGAUGGCCACCAAGGCACCCAUAUAUGGCGAAGGAUUCACUGGAAAUGAUUUCCAAAGGGGUACUUCAAAACAGAUGUUAGAGGAUUCAACAAUGAGAUGCAUAGGUCAGGAGGAAGAGAAAAACAUCUCAUACCGUGAAUUCAUGCCGUCAGUAUGGCAGUCAUUUGUUACACACAGGAUAAAGCUACAAGAUUUAGGACAAGAAGCAGAACUUUUCUCUGGUCAGGAAAACAAGGAGCUACCUUUACGUACUUCUGAGUGGAUGCAGCCUUCCCUCAACACAAAGGAUAAGUUUUCUAUUACAGAUGAUGGUGUUAUUCUUAUCCACUGAAGGUUAUCAGGGUUUCCGCUGAUGUACAUAUCCAACUUCCUGGCUGGAUUAUUGUAAUCUGUGGAAAAACCUGUAAGAGAUGCUAAUACUCUGAUAACACCUAUGACUCAGAACCCUUAGAGUACAGACUUUCCAUGGCGGCAUGAGUGUCUCGUGGUGUCGUGCAGUAGCCCUGAACUCUUUCUGAAUCACGAACUGGAUAAAGCUUGAUUGAGAGAGUUGGCAAGGUUGCUGUUCACAUUAAUCUGUGACCCAAGGUGUAAACAAAGCUUUUGGAAUGCACCAUGGAGGUCAGGGUUCUCCAAACCCUUUUAAUCUCGUGGAAUGAAAAGCAAUGGAGGACUCAUAUUUGCUGUAGCUUUCGACCGUGGAGCUCACAGAAUCCUCGUGCAGAACUGGGUGUAGCACUCACUACACUCCAUCCCGUGGGAGCUUUUGGUACGACAAAGUUUGCAGUCAUCAAAGUGGCAGUGUAAAAUGGUGGGAGACUUGGGGUGACGACCUUGUAAUCUUGCUGGUGAAUCUCCCCUUCUAAAAUCCUGUAGCAGAUGUCCAAGAAUAUUCAACCAACUGCUGAAAAGUGAAAACGACCUUGGAUCCCAUAUUCUCAUUGUAUUGGAGAGGUCAGCAAGCUGCUAGUGCUGCAAUAUGGAAGCAGGACUGGAGGAGCAGAGGCGAUGCGUUUCACCCAAUGCACUACGAGGUCAGACAGCCAUCUGCUGCCACGUGUACUGCUACGGUCAGCCGUAUGCGAAGCAAACAACAACCCACUACUGGACAGCAAAAGGCCCAGUCUACUUGCCAAUCAUUCGUUGCUCGGCCGGUUCUGUACUUCUGACGAUCGCAGGUACAACUCGUCGGCCUGAAAUCCUGUAUGCUUCUUUACAUAGGAUUUUUUUCCCCUUUAUCAUGCAUUAAUCCUCUCUCAUUUGAUACAAAAUCGUGAAAGACUUGACACUUCGAUAAACUCAGAAUAGAGGAUCCGAAUGGAAAUUUACUCCAAUUUUUUUUAAAAAAAUUAAAAAUAAAAUAGGGCAGUGGCUACCUAGGACAAGAGCAUCCAGCCAGGCCGAGGAAAAUCCUUUACCAGCCAAGCCAAAACAUUCACAAGUCCAGAAGCACACAAGACUCGAUCACUCGAGUCUCUACGUGAAUCUUAGCGGAAGAUAAGGGAGCAUCAGUACAGCCCAGCCAAUAGGACGCGUUCUCCUCCAAUCCCAAAGCCGCGCGCUUGGAUUCUUCCCUCGCCGAUCUCGCGAGCCCCAGCUGUGCUCGUUCAUCACUAGGCUCUCCCUCGUGUCACUCACCAUUCUAUUCGCUCUCGCCGCCAGCUGCCUCGCCGCCUCACCCUAUAUAUAUAUCUCGCCGUAAGUUCCCCAUAGCUUCACCAUCGCCGUGCACCGACCGACCGAUCUCCGGCCAGCCGGCCAGCCAGCCAGCCACCGUAGUCGAUCGUCGUCGAGAGAGCCGCUACUACGUACGUACGCACGCCGCGAUGUCGGGGGACGCGUUCAACAUGUCGGUGGCGUACCAGCCGUCGGGGAUGGCGGUGCCGGAGUGGCUGAACAAGGGCGACAACGCGUGGCAGAUGAUCUCGGCGACGCUGGUGGGGAUGCAGAGCGUGCCGGGGCUGGUGAUCCUGUACGGCAGCAUCGUGAAGAAGAAGUGGGCGGUGAACUCGGCGUUCAUGGCGCUCUACGCCUUCGCCGCCGUGUGGCUGUGCUGGGUCACCUGGGGCUACAACAUGUCGUUCGGCCACAAGCUCCUCCCGUUCUGGGGCAAGGCGCGGCCGGCGCUGGGCCAGAGCUUCCUCCUCGCCCAGGCCGUGCUCCCGCAGACGACGCAGUUCUACAAGGGCGGCGGCGGCGCCGACGCCGUGGUGGAGACGCCAUGGGUGAACCCGCUCUACCCGAUGGCCACCAUGGUGUACUUCCAGUGCGUGUUCGCCGCCAUCACGCUCAUCCUCCUCGCCGGCUCGCUGCUGGGGCGGAUGAACAUCAAGGCGUGGAUGCUGUUCGUCCCGCUCUGGCUCACCUUCUCCUACACCGUCGGCGCCUUCUCGCUGUGGGGCGGCGGCUUCCUCUUCCACUGGGGGGUCAUGGACUACUCCGGCGGCUACGUCAUCCACCUCUCGUCGGGUGUCGCCGGCUUCACCGCGGCGUACUGGGUGGGGCCCAGGUCGACCAAGGACAGGGAGAGGUUCCCGCCAAACAACGUGCUGCUCAUGCUCACCGGCGCCGGCAUACUGUGGAUGGGGUGGGCGGGGUUCAACGGCGGCGACCCGUACUCCGCCAACAUCGACUCCUCGCUCGCCGUGCUCAACACCAACAUCUGCGCCGCCACCAGCCUCCUCGUCUGGACUUGCCUCGACGUCAUCUUCUUCAAGAAGCCGUCCGUCAUCGGCGCCGUCCAGGGCAUGAUCACCGGCCUCGUCUGCAUCACUCCCGGCGCAGGCCUGGUGCAGGGUUGGGCGGCGAUCGUGAUGGGCAUCCUCUCCGGCAGCAUCCCGUGGUUCACGAUGAUGGUGGUGCACAAGCGGUCGCGCCUCCUGCAGCAGGUGGACGACACCCUGGGCGUCUUCCACACCCACGCCGUCGCCGGAUUCCUCGGCGGCGCCACCACGGGCCUCUUCGCCGAGCCCGUCCUCUGCUCCCUCUUCCUCCCCGUCACCAACUCCCGCGGCGCCUUCUACCCCGGCCGCGGCGGCGGCCUCCAGUUCGUCCGCCAGGUGGCCGGCGCCCUCUUCAUCAUCUGCUGGAACGUGGUGGUCACCAGCCUCGUCUGCCUCGCCGUCCGCGCCGUGGUUCCCCUCCGGAUGCCCGAGGAGGAGCUCGCCAUCGGCGACGACGCCGUGCACGGGGAGGAGGCGUACGCGCUGUGGGGCGACGGCGAGAAGUACGACUCCACCAAGCACGGAUGGUACUCCGACAACAACGACACGCACCACAACAACAACAAGGCCGCGCCCAGCGGCGUCACGCAGAACGUCUGAUGAUACGUGUCGGUUUUUUUUUCUUUUCCUUUCCUUUUUGGGGUUGUAUACGUUACGAAAUGCUGCGGUUUCCUGUCGUGGAAUAAUGUGGUGGUGGUUCUGAAACGGGUUUCUUCUUCGGGAUGCUCUGGUUUGAUGAUUUCGACCAUUCGAGAUUUAAUACAGCGGCUACUUUCUUUUCUCUGUCA